ACGCGGACACUGCUGACGUCAGACGUGGCUGGCCUUCAAAUGUCGCCGAGAGCCAAUCAGACGCGUCCAGGUCACCGGAACUGUGUUUGAGGCGGAAGAGAAGAUGGCGGCCGCGAGGAGCGGGACGAGCGGGCUGCUGGAGAAGUGGAGGAUCGCUGAGAAGCCGGUGAAGAUCGAUAAAUGGGACGGGGCCGCGGUGAAGAACUCUCUGGACGACGCUGCCAAGAAGGUGCUGCUGGAGAAGUUCGGCUACGUGGAGAACUUCCAGCUGGUCGAUGGUCGCCUGCUGAUCUGCACAAUCUCCUGCCUCUUCGCCAUGUUGGCGCUGGUCUGGGACUUUCUGCACCCGUUCCCUGAGUCCAGGCCCGUCCUGGCCUGCUGCGUCAUCUCGUACUUCAUCAUGAUGGGAAUACUGACGCUCUACACCUCGUACCAGGAGAAGAACAUCUUCCUUGUGGCUCUGCACAAGGACCCGGCCGGGAUGGACCCGGAUCACACCUGGCAGCUCUCGUCCUCCCUCAAACGGUUUGACGACCAGUACACGCUCAGAGUCUCCUUCACCGACGGGAAGUCCAGGAGCUUCAGGGAAACAGAGUUCACAAGGUCCGUGGCGGCGUUCUUCGACGAGGACGGGAUGCUGUCGAUGGACCAGUUUGAAAAGUGCGUCUCCAAACUGCACGACACGCUCGCCACGGACAAGAAGAUGAAGUAAAAGCUGCACGACGUCGUCAGAGCGGAGGAGCAAGGGAGAGGCCCGGUUCAUUGGUUUGAUUCUUCUGCACACAAGGUCAGGUGUAAACUGUGGCGUAGAUUUUUGUCCUGAUGAAUAAAAUUCUCCAGUGUGACUUGUC